UUACUUAUCAAUACAAUUGCCGAAAAUUGUUUGGAGUUUAUCAAAAUUAAGUUGUUCGUAGCUGGGAAUUGGCACAAAGAUACUGAACUCUUCAUUUGGUUUCUUUUUGGCUUUUAUGAUAAUUUUGUGUAUUGUUGAGUUGUAUUCGUAUUUUGGUUCCCAGUAUCUCUUUACUAAAUAAAAUUACCACUGAGCAAAUAUGUAGGUAGUACUUACUUAUUAAGUUUUAAUUUCAUGAUAUUUAUUAUUAACACAUAGGUACUUAGAUAUUAUUAUAUUUACCUUCGCACAACUCCAAAAAUACUUGGCAAGCUACCACCGCAGAUUUCUCAUCAACACCAAGUUUUUGCAUUUCCUCUUUCUAAAAAAAAAUUAAUAUAUCUAAGAUACUUUGUAUUUCAUUACUGUUAUCUCAUUUUGUUUAAUAUUUAAUUCAAGCAUUUCGAAGCCUCCUGAAGAAACAAAUACAAAGUUGUGUAAUUUGUAGGUACAAACCCAAACUGAACAGAAAGUUUUUCUCAAAUAAGGCCUAGUUUAUCCACCUUCUGAUAAACUGUCCAUAAACACAAAUCCAUAAUCCUAUUGGUAGGCCCCUUAUCCGCCGACCAAUAGAAUUAGAGAUUGAUAAAUUUAUCUUGUAGACAGUUACCAGUAAAGUUUACCUUGAAGAUUUAAUUGAAUUUGAAUUUAACUUACAAUAGAAGUAUCCAUGUGAUAUCCUGUAGUUAAGUAGCUAGUUUUAUUUUGCUAAUGCUAAGCUGGUUAACUAGUUUAGUUUUGCCUUAUAGCUUUAAAUUUGAAAUAAUGAAAUAAAAUACAAAAUCCAAUGAGAAAAGUAAAGUGAGGUUAGGUUGUGCGUUGGGCUCAACUGUCCAAUCUUUAUCCUUAUUUUUUUGUUGAGAGAAAGAGAUAGAUUGAUUGUAGGAUACAUUUACCGGUCACAAGCGCAAAUAAUUUGUUUAUAUUUGAAUGUGUGCAAUGGACCUUGAGUACAAUUUAUACUGGACAUUCUUAGAAUUUUUUAAUAGUUUGAUUUAAAUUCUGAAAAAUUAUUAAAAUAUAAAGGUAGACAGAAUGAUAAAUAUACAGUUUCAAAAAAGUAGAAAUUUUGUUUUGCUUGCGUGCGUAUACUUACUAACAACCUUGGACACAUUUAAUUAAUUAAUAUUUAAUUUGUUUUAGAUAGUAUAGUAAAUAAAGUGAUAAUCUGACAUGUUUAAUAAACGCAUUUCAUGCCAAAGUUGAUUCAUUUAAUCUUAUCCCAUAGAUAAUAAGCGCGAUAUUCACAGAAAUAAAUAUUUAUAGUUCCCAGUAGUGUAUAACAGGAAUUAUCUGACCACAUUAUAUUAUAUAUGCAAGUAAUAAUUGAACGACCUCGGUAACAGUCAUAAUAUAUUAUGGUACUCAUCAGUUUGCAAGGCGAGGUUUUUAUCCCUACCCCAAGAACCAAAAGUUAUUCCUCGCAAAGCUUUAGCAAUAACAAACUUUCCGGUUAUCUGUUGCUAACUUAAAGUGUCCGACAUUUCUGAUAAAUAAUUUCAACGAAUUUUGAUAACGCUUUCGACUCCAGCGUGCGCGUUAAAACUCGAGUGGUUCUAGAUCCGCAGUGAUGGCCGGCGUCGUACCAAAAAAUCGUUUAAAGUGACGCAAACAACGACGAUCAGUGCUGAAACGGUGACUCAGAAAGGUCCAGUGGAUAAUAAUGAUAAGAUUCAAAUGCCUUUGAAAUCUUGUUCCGAUUUAGUUCUAGAUGAUAGAAGUCCCAGCUGUAGCAGUCAGUCAUCUGCUACUGAGUCCUACAGCGUACCAUUAGGGACUAGUACUGAAAUAGAUUUUAAGUAUGAUGACGAGCAAGUUGCGAAUAUCUUGGAGAAAAUACCUCUUCCGAAACCUAAUGGAGGCAAUGUAACCACCGUCAUAGGGGAUAAUAAUACUGUAGGAGCUAAAGUAAACAUCGGCGUAGAUGCUGAAACUACUACUAUCAACAUCAAUCAUUACCACCCUAAACCUGAUCCUGACGCAGAAGAUUAUAAUGAACCAAAAUUUAAUGGUCAAGUUCGCAAGGUUUCUGAAGAGAAACCCAGAGGCUUCAAAGACCAUCUCAAAGAAAGACCCACUCAAUUUUGGAUUGCCGGAGUAUUUUUGGCUAUCAUUAGUAUAUCUUCUUUGAUAUUGUUCUUUUGCCUCUACAACUUCAGUGUUCCUAACCCUGUACCGCCGACAUUUGGACACGAUGACAAUUUGGGAGAUGGCAUUCAAGUGAUACGUAGAGAGGAAUGGUUGGCGCGCGGCCCCCUCAACACAACGACGUUUCGAAAAAGACCCAAAAUAGUGAGAAUCCUGCACAGCACCGGCCCUAACUGUUCAGAUUACCAAACGUGCGCCAACAAAGUGCUCGGUUUGCAAAGUAUGCACGUCGGAGAAGACGGUUUGCCGGAUAUCGCUUAUAAUUUCCUCAUUGGAGGCGACGGAAAUGUUUAUAUUGGAAGAGGAGCAGAAGUGCAACCUGAAGGAAGGUCAGAUUCCAUCGAUAUCGCUUAUGUGGGGAACUAUUUGGCCCCCUACGAUAGAGUAAGCGACAAAAUGGACGAAGCAGGUCGUAACUUGAUAACCAGGCUUUUGGAGAGAAAGAAAAUUUUGAAAGACUAUAUAGUGGUAGCUCAAAAUCAGACCGAGAAAACUUUGAGUCCUGGAGAGAAUGUUUAUAAGAAGAUCAUACAGUGGCCACAUUAUGAUUCUGGAAUUUAUUAUAAAAAUUAGUAUUUGUGAUUAUUGCUCGAUUUUAAUAAAAAAAUAUCUCAUGAUGUACUGGUACUUUUCUUAUUGCUUCUUUCUGCAUUAAAACAAAUUCAAUGUUUUAUUAAUUUAGGUAAUAAUAAUUUUUUCUAGGGUUGGAACGCUAAACCACCACUCAAAGUAACCAAAUUCAAAGGUCCAGUGAAAAUGGUCAGGAUCAUGCAUACUGGGGGUUCAAACUGUCAGGAUCUCCAAAUUUGCUCGCAGAAAGUGAACAUUUUGCAGGGUUGGCAAAUUGGAACUAAAGGGAUGCCGGAUUUACAAUACAACUACAUGAUUGGCGGCGAUGGUAACGUUUACGUUGUCAGAGGACCGGAAAAUCAAGGAGAAAUUAGGUAGGAUUUUCUUGAAGAUUAAUAAAACACUAAAAUCUUAACGUUUUCUUGUAGAUCUGAUUCUAUAGAUAUUUGCUAUUUAGGCAACUUUCUGACUCCUUACGAUAAAAUGACUGAUAAAAUGGAGCAAGCAGGGAAAAGACUGAUUGGGAAACUGGAAAAGGACGGGUUCAUUACUCCAGAUUAUAUUGUGGUGGCUCAAAAUCAGACCGUAUUCACUCAAAGUCCAGGGCAAAAUAUUUACAAGAAAAUUGUUAAUUGGCCUCAUUAUGAUUCUGGAAUUUAUUUUUAGUGAUAUUUUUUGAAAUUAUUGUAGUUUUGUUAGUCUCAUGUUAGCUUAAAUAUAUUUUAUGUGUAUAUCUUUUAUUUAAUAGAUUGUUUAUUUGUCCGAUUG